GCACGGCGAUCGGUGGUGCGCUGUGUCCCUGGGACACAGUGGAUCACUGAUCAGCGGAAAGAGCCACUGACUUUGGCUCUGUCAUGUGAUCAGCUGUGUCCAAUCACAUGGGACAUCUACACUGAUCAUCAGGGCACUGAUGGUCAUUGCCCUGGUGAUCAGUGUAGCCCCAUCAGUGCCACCUGUCAUUGCCCAUCAGUGCAAAUCAAUGCCACAUAUCAGUGCCCAUCUGAGCUGCCUUUCAGUGCCACCUAUCAGUACCAGUCAGUGCCGCCUAUGAGUGCUGCCAAUCAGUGCCAGUCAGCGCCGCCUAUCAGUUCCCAUCAGUGCCGCCUAUCAGUGCCAGUCAGUGCUGCCUAUCAGUGCUGCCUAUCAGUG